ACAUUACGUUAGCCAUCACAGAUUAAGCUUUCAUGGUACUGGCCAGCAUCACCUGUCAUCGCGAAGCAUACAAACAACUCGAAAUACGGUCCAGAAACCAACCUACAUUAUGCCUAUUGGCCAGCAAGAAAGCGGCGUCACGUCUGGCGUGAAGUUUGUCACAUCCACUGUAGGAAAUACAGUCGGAGGAGUCACCAACACCCUUGGAGGUGUUGUUGGCGCACUUGGAAGAGGCGUUGGUGAGACGGUCGAAGGCGCUACGGGCAGUGCUGGCCGGCCAGUCGCUAGGGGCGUUUCUGAUGUGGCCACGAGCAUUGAGAAAGGCGCAAACGAUGUAGCGGGAGGGGUCAAACGAGCUGGCGAGGGAAAGUAAAUGGAAGGCUGACUUGUGAAGAAGGGGGAGGAGUGGUACUGCAGAAGUCAAGGAUUCUACCAUAUUGAUCCACCAUGAUUGCUUGCUAUAUCUGAAAGAUGAAAAGAAUAUUUUAAUAGACA